GGACGUUUUGUCGGACUUUAACAAUGACAAACCCCAAAGUUGUAACAUCUUGUGACAAUGCAGCACGAGCCGGCAAGGACAGGUUUACAUGUUCCGGUACUGGUCGCGACCUUAUACCACAGAAUUCCGAUCCGGAAUGGUUUGCGAACAUUUAUUUACAAAUUAGAAGACCUGACCAGAACAGCUUUUCUAGUAUGAUUCCUGCGUGUUCCACCAGGUAUUCUCGAGGUGUAUGCUCGGGAGGAGACUGCAUUUCGUGUACAAACAGCAACACUGAAUUAACCAUUACUAUAAAUAGACUUCUAACAACGAGUGAUAGUAGGGGGAUAGUGCGUCUACUCUGUUUCGCUAGGGACUAUACGUUAGAGUCAAACGACAAUUUUACUCUUCCAGAAAUUGUGGAUAUCAAUAAUUACAGUAUGACGUUAACUGUUGAUGGCCCUUCAACACCGAUAUAUCACACUAGGUGUCAGUUCGCACAAUCGUUCGACACCCAAAACAUCUUUAUGCUGUGUUGUGACAGCCACGUCACGCCCUGCUACGCCCAGAUUAAAAUCGGUGGAGUUGUGGUUGCUAAAAAUGGAGCCCCAUGCGUCACCUACGUGCCAACGUCCACCAGGACAGCACUCAUGGUAUUGCACUACUCUCUGUGUUCUCAGACUGAUUAUAUUAUAGGUGGUCGAUGCACAAUGCAAACAGGUUCGUUGACUACCGUGGAGAUCACGGCUACCACGACUACCACCACUUACAGAGGUGGUACAACUGCAAGGCCAAUGGGUGUUACCACGAGGACAGGCAAGCGCCUCACGAAUGCCAUCACUGACCCUGAUGAGGCAACUACUGACCGCAAGCUGCUGACAACUAGCCCUAAACUAAUGGAAGUUGAGACCAGCAUGCUGAGUGUACUCUUCUGGGUUGCUAUCAGCGUUGCAGUACUUGUUACCAUUAUUGCCAUUGCUGUGUAUUGCAUGACUCGCAGCAAGCCGACGAGGAAAUCCAAACCGCAACCCAAGCCGCAGCCCAAACCGCAGGCAACGGUUGCAAGUGUUGUUCGACCUUCUCCGGAACCUAAACAGUUAAAUCAAGUAAAAGAAUCAGCAAGUGACCUUGCUUCUGUGGAUACUGAAUCAGCAGUUGACUAG